UAUGUGUGGGAUGCUCCACUGUCAACACCAGAAUGAAAAACUUAUGUUUUGGAGAGAGGCCCUGUCCAGACUGCUGCCAUAUACAACUCUAGAUGUGAAUGGUGUGAGAAUAAAAUGCAAAUCUGCCAUUUUGGAUGUUGGAUUAAAUGAUCUUGAUCCUGGCAUGACACCAGAUGGUGCCAAGUGUGGUGAAGAUAAACUAUGUGUGAACCAAACCUGUAUGUCUUUUGACCAACUUGGAGUGGCUCCAUGUCCAGAGGAUUGUAAUCAGAACGGGAUAUGUAACAGCAAUAAUAAUUGUCACUGUGAAGUUGGCUUGGCUCCCCCGUCAUGUAACACACCAGGGUAUGGGGGAAGUGUAGACAGUGGACCGGCCUCUAGCAACAAAGAUACUUCUUCAAUGUCAGUUACCUCUACUGUAUCAGUUACAUCUUUUAAUGUUACUUAUAAAACAGACAGCAUUGUUACUUCCACUGUUGCACAAUCAACUGAAAGUUCUGACACUGCUAUAAGACCCACAGAAAUCCCACCUCAAGGUGACAAUUCGUUAAUGAUAGGACUCCUGAUUUUCUUCCUGCUUAUUGUUCCUCUCCUUGUGAUUGGUGGAUUUUUCGCCUAUCGAUACAGAGAGCAACUCAAAGUUUGGUGGGGACAGAAGGCUUCUGCUGCAUACAAAUAUAAGGAUGCAGCCCCACCUAAAUCCUCAAGAAGAUCUGAAUCGUCUGUUAAAUCUCCCAGCAAGCCUCGACCCCUACCUAGUAUUGCUGCAGUAGAGGCUCAAAGUGUUCAAGAGAGACCUCCACCACCACCUGCACCUGUCCCUAAAGACCCAGUUAACAGGCAACCUAGCACUGGAUCUGCAAAGAUGCCAAUUUCCAACCCAGUACUUCAGAGCACAACUAACAGAACACCAUCAUUUAAAGAUGCUAAAUUCAUUGAGAAGCCAAGAGUAAUAGUGAGACCAACUGUCUAUGCCAACUUGCCAGAUUCUGAAAACAGUGAUGAAGACAGUGGGUAUGUAACUGGAGGAAAGCCUGCAAGACCACCCAAACCAUGGUCAGAAAACAGUGAUCAGUCCAGUGCUAAUCAAAAUCAACCUCCACCACGCCCUAGUGUUCCACCAGGUCAAGUUCCAGCCACCACCAAACAGACCUAGUCAGUUAACCAGACCUAACCAG